AUGUUAUAUGUGCUUGCAUGUAUAUGUAUAUAACUAUGUUUCACUUUGCAUAAUUUUGUGUAAACAAUUAAAAAGAAUCUAUUUGCAUUAUUGAUUGAUUAAUUCCCCACCUUUUUCUCCCCUGUCCUCUCCCACUUUCUCCAUCCCUUUUUAUAUUCCCUUCUCUCUUUUCAGCUCCCUCACUCCCAAACUCUCUCAAACUCAAGAACCCCAAGAAAAGAAAAAAGGCUCUUCCUUCUCUUUUGUCAAAAUUUGAGUUUUUCUCUCCUUAGUUCCUCUGUCUUUGCCAAGAUGAGUUCUACGAUGUUUAAGGUUUUGAUGAUCUUAGGUCUUUUGGCCACCUCUUGCAUGGCUCAAGCACCAGGUGCUGCACCAACAUCCCCACCGACAUCUUCACCAACGCCAGCUGCAACGCCAGCAGCCCCAACACCUUCCCCAUCGGCAACACCGACCCCAUCUCCAACUCCUUCCCCAACCCAACCCAACCCCAACCCUUCUCCAGCUCCUUCAAGAGCUCCAACCCCAUCUCCCACCACUUCCCCAUCUCCUUCUCCAAGCACUUCUCCACCUUCUCCUUCACCAGUCUCUUCCCCUCCUGCUCCUACACCAUCAGGGUCUGCCACAGCCUCCGAGCCUUCAGCUGAAGUAGUCCCUCCUCCCUCUGCCGCCUCCACCAACGCUGUUUUCAUUGGUGCGACCGCCCUUGCCGCUACUUUCUUGGCGGCCUUUUUGGCUUAAGAAAGUGAGUCGCUGCCUUUUAGGCUGUACGCGGGCUUUUGGAUCAUGAUUCUUGAGGAUAUUGUUUUGUUGCUAUCUUUGUUAUUUUGAGUAGUGUUUCUUUCCUUUUUUUGUUUAUUGUUUUAAAUUUAUUUGUUAUGUAUGGGUUGUUGAUGAUUCUAUUAUUUUGGGUUUGGACGGUUGAUUAUAUUGGUGGAUGUGACACGUGUAUCGUUUGAUGAGAUCGGACGGUUGUAGAGAUUGGGCUGGUGUACAUGGAAUAAAAACAGUUUGUUAUUCUUUUUACGGAAUCCAA